AUGUGCGAAACGCCGAACACUCCGGAGCCAGGGAUGGGGCCGGCUCCGGCUUUUAUUUCACUCGGCAUGGUUGUUCUCGACGAGCUCCGCUUUCCGGACGGGAGCGUCCUCCGCGAUGUUCCCGGCGGUUCUGGGUUUUAUAGUACCCUCGGCGCACGCCUUGCAGUCUCGGGAAAUGAGUCGGCGACUGUAUGCUGUGUCAUCACUGCUGGAUCUGACUUCCCAGUGGUCGUGAGGGAGCAGAUUGAGGGAUGGGGAGUCGCUGUACACUACGAUGAGAUGCCGAAUAGACUGUCAACGAGAGGUCUUUUGGAAUAUGAGAAUGAUGCUUCUGGAAAAAAGACUUUUCGGUACACCAUGCCACCUUUACACCCCGAUAUAUCCCGGCUUUCUGCAAUGCUUCUUCAAUCUUCUGUGAUUCACACCCUGGCAACGCCGGAAGAUCUCGAGCAACAUGCGAGGUCUCUCGCAACCUUCCGCGGCGAGACCAAGAACUCAGUUUCCCUCAUCGCAUGGGAACCCUCACCCAUCGAUAUCCAUAACCGCGAAACCGAGCACCUGAGAGCCCUCCACCUCUCAGACAUCUGCUCGCCAAACGACCACGAACUCUUACGUAUGAAGGGCAUCGACGAGAGCCUAGGAUCACCUUACAACAGAGCACUGGUCGAGUACCACGCCAUAAACCUCUCCAGUGGCAACCGGAUACCGGGACAUCCUGCGUUGUCUGAGGAAGCGCGGAACAGGCCACGAGUUACUGUCAUUAGGUGCGGUGACCAGGGCUGUCUCACCAUUCCCCGAGACGGUGAUGCAACAUGGCUGCCUCCUUUCCACGACUACGGCUCUUCAAAAGUCGUGGAUCCGACAGGCGCCGGGAAUGCAUUCCUCGGAGCGUUUGCCAUUGUUUUCGCGAGGACGGGUGACGCGGUGCUCGCAUCCGCUUAUGGUUCUGUGGCGGCCAGCUUCGUUAUCGAGCAGAUCGGACCGCCGAAGAGGGAGAUCAUCGACGGCAGGGAGAACUGGAAUGGGGAGGCGUUUGAGGACAGGCUGAGGCAAUAUCAAGACAAGGUCGCGACGGGGCUGACCGACGUGGUUCUGCAGAGCAAGUAG